GAUAAGAGAGAGAGAGAGAGAGAGAGAGAUCAGAGAGGUCAUGAAAUAAAUCUCAAAAUAGCCCCAACAAUAAAAAGGUAUACCGAGAACUAUGGACAAGAGAGCUACAGAGGUGUAUGGGAUGCCGCCCGACACGCUGAUCACCUACACCAGUCGCAUCUACAAGCUGGGCUUUCUCUUCGCCGGGAUUGGCCUGGUCCAAUGGAUCAUUCUGGCAGCAAUUAAUUUUCACAUGGACAAGCUGACCGCAGAUCGCUAUGGCUGGUGGCUGUCGUGCACCUUCUUUGCCAUUGCCACUCUGGCCUGGACGGAUGUGGGACGGAAAUUUCCCUUUAAUAUUGCCCUUACGGUUUGCAUCGUUGAGAGCUCCACAUGGUACAUAGCCAUUGAGCGGUCGUUCAUUCAGAAUCAUUUGGCGGACUUCUAUGCCUUGGUCAUUGUUCUUGCCGUCGUGUUGUGCUCCAUCUUUUGGGGGGCCUACUUUCCCAUGUAUGUUGUGCCUGGCGAUCUGUUGCUCAGCGUUUUGGUGGCCAUGGCCAAUAUAAUGCUGAUUCUAUUCUUUUUCAAUGCCUACAUCACGGGUGCCGCUUCCGUAGAGACAGCCGUACGUAACUACUUUGCCCUGUUUGCCAUUUCGAUGAUUACUUACACGGCCACCAUUGUGCACGGUCGCCAGUUCAAUGUGCCCAAGAACGAGUAUCUCUUCCUGAGUGUCAUCAUCUUCUUCUGCUAUAUGAUACUGCAUGAGCGAGUCCUGGCCUUGUCGGCUGAGUACUCCAACGACCUUGAAUGUACCUUUCUGUUCAAUCAAACGACGUAUAUCAGGAUAUUUUAGUUUAUUCAAAUAAGAUUGAUUUUUUAACUCAAAAAAU